AUGACAGGCGACGUCCCUGAUUUAACAAAACAGCCCGGAAAACUAAUCAUCCUUCAAGAAAAAGCCAACAGACCAGCUAGUUGUACCGUGCUGGCCACUGGCUUUUUCGAGAUGAGCCAAAAGGCACUUCACGGCACCGCGUACGUUGAUGAUCUUAGCAAUAUCUUCUACCUCGGCGAUGGAUCAGGAGACAACCCAAUGUUCUCUUACGUACUUCCGCUGAUAGAUAGUGUGCCCCCCAUACGGUUCGCGCUCGCCGCAUCAGCGUCAUGUCACAUGGCAGCCAGAAACUCAGAUGAGGCGCUGGAGCGAAAGAGCUUGUAUCUGCGUGUCCGUGCAACGAAUUUCCUUAGGGAGCGGCUGAAAGACUUAAGCAUAGCAACGGACCAAGCCACGUUAGCCAGCAUACUUAUGCUAGCUCAGGUUGAUAUGUGCUCGGGGGACUGCAUCGAGUUCGAGACGCAUCUCAAGGCGGCGGUUGCUAUUCUACGUGGCCGGCAGAAUGAAGAGAGCGUGAACAGAUAUUAUUUCGAACAGCGGCUUGUAUGGCUUGACAUCAUCAGUUCAACAUCUUCCUCACGAGCUCCGAACUUUACGGCCCAAGAAAUCAACAUGGCUCUCCAUCGCCACUCGAACGCGGACGGCAGAGAAUGGGGCUAUGACGUCUUUCCAUGUCCAAUCGACCUCUUUGAGAUGCUUGUGGAUGUCACCAUGUUAUACACAUCACAUCCCAAUAGAGAUAAUCCGACGGAGAAGGAUCUGAAACAUCUUGAUUACAUGAUGGAUCGUCUCAGAAAAUGGGAAUCCCGCCAAAUCUUAUCUGGAUCUCGGAAGCACAUGGUCGAAGCUUGGCGAUUUGGCAUCAUGGCGUAUCUGGCACAACUCUUCCCGGCUUCUUUAAACAUAGUGCAAAGAUCACAUUUGACGAGCCAGGUCCUCCAUCACGCAAAACUCAUACCGCCGGUCAGCUCAUGGAGUUACUCCUUGUUAUGGCCUAUUUUCCAAGUUGGGGUUGCUCUUCAGAGUGGAGAAUCGCAGGAGAAGGAUUGGAUAAGGUUGAGAUUAAAACUGGCGUAUGAAGCCGUUGGAUGCCGCCAUUUCAGGAACGCAGUCGGUACUCUUGAGCAUGUUUGGGAUAACCGUACCCAGGGUGAUCUCGUGCCAGAUGGAACGUACGGGCGUACCAUAAUGCUAGGCUAA